AUGCCUGAUGCCAAGGUUGCAUGCCGUCAACUUGGUUUUACUAAAGCUGUAGGACCUUCAGAUUGGGGACGAGGGACAGGCAAGAUAUGGCUGGACGAAAUGCGAUUGUGCCAUGCUUAUCGGUAUUUGAUAGUCAAUACUGCUAGUUAUGAAGUUCCAAAACCAGUAUGUCAAAGUAGCUGGGAUAUGCCAGAAGCUAAGGUUGCUUGCCGUCAACUGGGUUUUACCAAAACUGUAGGCCCUUCGUGGAAUGGACGAGGGACUGGUAAAGUAUGGCUGGAGCGCAUGGGAUGUUUAGGCUCAGAGGCCUCACUUGGAAGCUGUUCUCAUAAUGGAUGGGGAAACGCUUACUAUGGAUGCAAUAAUCACAAUGAGGAUGCUGGUGUCGUGUGCAUUUGUUCUUUGUCAGCUGUCUCUGCAGCACCUUCGACUUUUAAUCUUGGAGAGGGAGCAACGAUAGCCAUUCAGGGAAAUAGCUUUUUGGUGUUGUUCGAAGAGGUUUAUCACCAGGGUCAAUGGGGAACAGUAUGUCAAUAUGGCUGGAGUAUGAAUGAUGCCAAGGUUGCAUGCCGUCAACUUGGCUUUACCAAAACUGUAGGACCUUCGGGGUAUGGACGAGGGACGGAAGUGUAUCACCAGAGUCAAUGGGGAACAGUGUGUGUUGGUAGCUGGGGCACGAAUAAUGCUAAAGUUGCCUGUCGUCAACUUGGUUUUACCAAAACUGUAGGAGCUUCGUACAAUGGACGAGGGACGGGCAAAGUAUGGUUGUACGGCAUGGGAUGUUCAGGCUCAGAGGCCUCACUUGGAAGCUGUUCUCACAAUGGAUGGAGAAAUGUUUACUCUUGGCGCAAUAAUCACAAGGAUGAUGCUGGUGUCGUGUGCAUUUGUUCUUGUAUGGAUCAUGAUAUCAAGCAAUUUUUUCUAGAAGAUGUUUCAAACGUACAAACAAGAAAAGAGGUUUAUCACCAGCGUCAAUGGGGAACAGUAUGUCAUUAUGGCUGGGAUAUGCCAGAUGCCAAGGUUGCAUGCCGUCAACUUGGUUUUACCAAAACUGUGGGACAUUCGUAUUGGGGACGAGGGACAGGCAAGAUAUGGCUAGACGAAAUGCGAUGUACUGGUUCAGAGUCCUCACUUGGAAGCUGUAAUCACAAUGGAUGGGGAAAUGUUGACCCUACGCACUGCAAUGGUCACACAAGGGAUGCUGGUGUUGUAUAA